AUGGCAUUUGAUGAUUUGUAUUGCCGUAUAAAACGAGCCGCAAGAUCGCUAGAGGUACCGCCUGAUGUCAAACAUCAUCAGCAUAAUAGGGAUGAGGACAGGCCUCGUCUGCCCCCCAUACCAAUUCCGGAAUACUCAGGAGAUCUGAGAUCCUGGUCUUUAUUCUAUACAGCUUACAAAAGCAUAGUUCAUGACAAUCCUAGAUUGUCAGAUUCGGAAAAAUUACAUUAUUUGAUGGGUAAACUGACAGGACCUCUAUCGUCGCACUCGUCGCACACGCAGCCCGCUGUUGGUGGCGGCGGCGGCGGCCGACCGGCUCCUUGCACGGACCGCGCCCCGCACUCACCCCCGCCGACACCCGCCGUAUCCCGCGCAUCGGAAGACGUAGCAUUAUGCACGUUAUCAGACAAUGUUAAUAAAAAUAUGCCUCGCGUACCUACUACAGUAUUGUUAGCCACCGCUCGUGUUUUAAUGAUCGAUAGAGACGGUAACGAACAUUAUAUUAGAGCAUUAUUGGACAGUGCUUCUCAAACCGAUGAUAGUUACGCUACUCCUGGGAACAUUGACAUGUUAAUCGGUGCCUCAAUUUUCCCGCAUUUAAUAUUGUCCCGUAAGGUUAAAGGUCAACCCGCAUACGUCUCGCCGUAUGCUAUUGAGACCGUAUUAGGCUUUGUUAUUGUAGGUUCAGCUCCCGCUAGAUCAAAUACCGAUACUUCCGUGUCUAAUAUGUUAGAUAAUUGUAAUUACACUACCACCGCGCAUUGUUGUGUUACCGAACCCACGAUGGAAUCCGUUCUAUGUAGAUUCUGGGAAAUGGAAGAGGUGAAUGUUGCACCGAUUCUCAGCCCGGACGACAAGGAGUGUGAAGCUAUUUAUGCUGGCACUACCACUCGCGAGGACGACGGUCGUUAUACCGUCGCGCUUCCCUUCAAGGGUAAUGCACAUUCUCUUGGCGACUCGCGUCGAUUAGCCGAGAAAUGUUUCUUUUGUCUCGAACGCAAAAUGCAGGCUUCGCCUGAACUCAAGCAAGCCUAUGAUGACGUCAUUACGGAGUAUUUAGAUAAGAGUUAUAUUUCACCCGCACCCGUUAAUGAUGAUAGUAAUGCUCCUUCGUAUAUAAUACCGCACCAUGGAGUUAUUCGAAAGGAUAAACUCACGUCUAAAUUGCGCGUCGUACUCAAUGCUAGCGCUAAAACUAGCACGUCCGUAUCUCUCAACGAUCUUCUUUAUAAUGGACAGAAUUUACAACGCAAUUUAUUUGAUAUUAUAGUUAACUUCAGAUUAUUUUCAGUAGCUCUCUCUGCCGAUAUUAGGCAAAUGUUUCUUUGCAUUCGUAUUAGAGAGAGUGACCGCAGAUUUCAACGCAUAUUGUAUAGAUUUUCGCCUGACGAACCUCUCCAGGUUUAUCAGUUUAAUCGCGUUUGUUUUGGACUCAAAUCGAGUCCGUUUCUUGCACUGCGUACUAUUAAGCAGUUAGCCACCGACGAAGGCGAAUCGUUCCCAAAAGCUAAGGAAGCGGUUCACACCGGUCUGUACAUGGAUGAUUUAGUAUAUUGUCUAGAUAGUGAAGAUGAGGCUAUCGUCACAGCUGCUGAGAUCAUCUCACUCAUGAAGGCCGGACAAUUUGAUCUUGUCAAAUGGACGAGCAAUUCGCAAGUAGUUUUAAAUUCCAUUCCGUCAACACAUCGACUUUCGUCGGUCGUAGAAUUCGAUGUGUCUGAUACGCAUAAAAUUCUGGGUCUGUGCUGGUCUCCUAGCUCAGAUUUAUUUAGUUUAAAAAUUUGCACGCCCGCUGAAAAGUGUACAAAACGCACCAUUUUAUCUUGUGUCGCAAGAUUGUGGGAUGUAAUGGGUUUCGUAGCACCCGUUAUAUUAUUUGCCAAACUUCUUGUCAAAGAGUUAUGGUUAUGCAACUGCGAUUGGGACGACGCCCCCCCGGAAGUUAUCGUCAGACAAUGGUCACGUUUCAGGGAUGAGCUCCCCAGUCUAGAUCAAAUUAAAUUACAGCGCCAUGUUGACAUCACAAAACGUAGUGUGGUGAACAUCAUUGGCUUCGCAGACGCUAGUGAAAAGGCUUAUGGUGCUGUUGUGUACUUCCACGUCGAGAAUGAUGGUGUGAGUACUGUGCAUCUUAUAAGUGCAAAAUCUAAGGUUGCACCCCGCAAGGUCGUGUCGUUGGCCCGACUCGAACUUUGCGCAGCGCUUUUGCUCGCUAAUUUAAUUAAUAAUAUUGUUACCGCUGUUAACAACCGCUAUCCAAUUAAGGCAAUACACGCAUUUUCUGAUUCAACAGUUGCUUUAUGUUGGAUCCACGCAUCGCCCCACAGGUGGGAUACUUUUGUCGCGAAUAGAGUUUCUAAAAUUCAAUCUCUGCUUUCACCGCACAAUUUUUAUCACGUGUCUGGUUCGGACAAUCCAGCCGACUGUCUAUCGCGAGGGCUUACUCCUGCCCAAAUAAUUCACCACCCCCUAUGGUUCAACGGCCCGCAGUGGGCUAAAUCCACCUUUUCGGAAUGGCCAGUCACCACUUUCAAUCCUUCUGCUGUUAUGGACCCGCCUGAGGAGAAGAAACUCUCCUUUGUUACUCGUACACCGCCAGAAGAAUCGGUUUUCAUCGCUCUGGCAAAUCGCUUUUCUUCUUGGUCCAAGCUUCUUCGCUGCGUAGUUUAUGUCUGUCGUUUCGCAAAAUUAUUAACCCCGCUAAAAUUCAUAACCGCAGCAGAUUUAGAUUACGCAGAACUUGUAAUCCUUCGAGAAUUACAGGCUUUGUAUUUUCAUGGGGAAAUUAACAAUUUACAAAAUGGAAAAUUUUGUUCCCGAUCACUUCAGCGACUCAAACCCUUCAUUCUAGAAGGUAUAAUUAGAGUCGGUGGUCGUUUGAGAAAUUCGAACUUGAAUUUUGAUCAGAAACACCCUAUUGUUCUUCCCCGGAAACAUCAUAUAUUGGAUUUAUUAGUAGACUAUCACCAUAAAGUUAAUUGUCAUGCUGGUCCUGAUUUACUGAUGUCUAUUUUAAGGCAGAAAUAUUGGAUUUUAUCUGCCCGCAACUUGAUUCGCCACAGAGUGCACAAAUGUGUACCUUGUUUUAAACUUCGUCCGAAAUCGACAUUUCCAGAAAUGUCAGAUCACAAACCCUGUCGUGUUCUUGAAACAUUAAAACCAUUCAUGCACACAGGUACCGAUUAUGCUGGUCCUUUCAAAAUAACUAUAACACGUGGUCGUGGCAUACGGUCUACUAAAGCUUAUAUUUGUUUAUUCGUUUGUUUAACAACCCGCGCCGUCCAUAUAGAAUUGGCAGGAGAUUUAAGUACAGCAAGUUUCAUGUCAGCUCUUAAACGGUUUUUAUCUCGUCGUGGUCCUGUAGCUCAUAUCUACUCCGAUAAUGGCACUAAUUAUAUUGGAGCAAAACGCACGCUUUCGGAACUUCACGCAUUUUUGAGCUCUAAACAUUUUAACACCGAAUUUGCGCACGUCUUGUCAGAAAACCGCCUGACUUGGUUUCUCAACACUCCCGCUGCUAGUCACUUCGGAGGUAACUGGGAGACUAAUAUAAAAAGUUUGAAAACGCAUUUGUUCAGGGUCGUUGGGGUUCAAGUUUUAUCAUUUGAGGAAAUGAUUACGGUACUCACGCAAGUAGAGGCAAUCAUGAAUACUCGACCAUUAUGUCGGACUUUAUCUAAUGAUCCGUCAGAGCCGCUUGCACUAACACCCGCACAUUUUUUAAAUUUUACUCCGUUGAAAUAUUUGCCCGCCGCAGAAAUAGCUGACAGUUCUUUGAUUUCACGCCACGCAUUAUUAGACAGAUUAGUGCAAACGUUCUGGAAGCGAUGGAGAGCGGAGUACCUGCACACAUUACAAUCUCGCGAAAAAUGGAAUACGCCCGUCAAUCAGAUGACUGUCGGAACUGUUGUAAUUGUACGUACUGAAAACGCGCCACCACUUCAUUGGCCUUUAGGGGUUAUUGAAGAGGUCUUUCCGGCUUCUGACGGCGUAAUUCGGGUUGUUCGUGUAAAAACUGCAACCGGCUCCUAUUUGCGCCCGGUUGUACGUCUGUGCCCCUUACCUAGACAUUAG